AUGGGAAGAUGUGCCGCGUUGGGAAUUUUCAUGAUCGGAGGCGGAUUGUCCUGCGUGAUCAUCGAAUUUCUGCCACAGAAUGAAUUUGGAGCCAGUUCAAAAUUUAUUCUCGGACUUCUUGGGAAACUUUGCAUAUCGGCGAGCUUCUCGGUCAUCUACAUCCACAGCACCGAAAUCUACCCCACCCGGAUCAGAACAGCUGCAUUGGGAUUCUUCUUCAUGUCGUCACGGGUUGGAAGUGUGGUUGCUCCCUUCGUCGGACUUGCGUGGUGA